GGCGCGGCUACAGGAAGUGCGUGGCCGCCCGGGGCCAUGGCGGCGCUUGCCGUCGUCUUCCUGCUGCUCUGGGCGGCAUCCUGGCCGUCGGCCUCGGCCUUCGGCGAAGAGUUCUGGCCUGGCCAGUCGGCAGCCGACAUCCUGUCGGGGGCGGCGUCCCGCAGACGGUACCUUCUGUACGAUGUCAACCCCCCCGAGGGCUUCAACCUCCGCAGAGAUGUCUACAUCCGCAUCGCCUCCCUCCUGAAGACUCUGCUGAAGACGGAGGAGUGGGUGCUGGUGCUGCCCCCCUGGGGCCGCCUCUACCACUGGCAGAGCCCUGACAUUCACCAGGUCCGGAUUCCCUGGUCUGACUUCUUUGACCUUCCAAGUCUCAACAGAAACAUCCCCGUCAUUGAGUACGAGCAGUUCAUCGCAGAGUCUGGCGGGCCCUUCAUCGACCAGGUCUACGUCCUGCAAGGCUACGCGGAAGGCUGGAAGGAGGGGGCCUGGGAAGAGAAGAUUGACAGCCGGCCCUGCCUCGAGCCACCGCUGUACUCUCAGGACAAGCACGAGUAUUACAGAGGAUGGUUUUGGGGUUACGAAGAGACGAGGGGUUUAAACGUUUCCUGUCUGUCUGUCCAGGGAUCGGCCUCCAUCAUCGCGCCUGUACUAUUGAGAAACACGUCUGCACGGUCUGUGAUGUUGGACCGAGCCGAGAACCUCCUCCACGACCACUACGGUGGGAAGGAGUAUUGGGAUACCCGGCGCAGCAUGGUGUUCGCCAGGCACCUGCGGGCAGUAGGGGAUGAGUUCAGGAGCAGGUACCUCAACUCCACAGACGUGGCCGAUGGAAUCCCCUUUGAGGAGGACUGGACCCAGAUGAAGAGCUGGAGGAGUUGCGGAGGCUGCUGCCUGAGAUGGUGCGGUUCGAACCCACGUGGGAGGAGCUGGAGCUCUACAAGGAUGGGGGCGUGGCCAUCGUGGACCAGUGGAUCUGUGCGCAUGCCCGGUUUUUUAUCGGCACAUCAGUCUCCACGUUCUCCUUUCGAAUUCACGAGGAGAGGGAGAUCCUGGGCUUGGACCCCAAGACAACAUACAACCGGUUCUGCGGGGACGAGGAGAAGGCGUGUGAGCAGCCUACUCAUUGGAGGAUUGCGUACUGAGCCCACACGGCUGCCCGAGGACACGUGUGCCCUCCCGGACCUCAGGCUGGGGACCCGCGGAGCGGCGCUGUGCACCGCCUCGGCCUGGUUGUCUCUCUCUGAGCCGGCACCUCUGCAUCCCCAGGACUUGGGUUGCUUUCACUUGGGAUCCAUCCGGAAGCACGUGUCUGCAGCCAGCGAGGCCCCCGGUGAUGCCGCGGAGGUUCUGGCUUCUCCCUACUGACCUUGGUCUGCGGGGUUUCCAGCAGUGUUGGCAAGCGUGGUACCUGGGCUGCUCCAGCCCUGGGCCAGUGGACGCAGUGCUGACUCUGUCUGUGGCCCAGAGCAGUGCCCUUGGCCCUGCCCUUCUCCCCACAGAACUCCAUGCCAGCUGGAUGGCAGGCGGACCCCACCUCACCAGGGCUGGGCUGAGGCUUGUUGGGGGCUGUGAUCCCCACCCCUCACCUUGGCCUGAGUCAGAGCUCCAGAAUGCUCCUCAGGAGGGCCCAGUGCUCUGUUAGCUCAUAUUGGGGUGGGGGGUGGGGGGAAGUCCUUCCGGGAUUGUCCGCAGGGUCUCUCCAGGUGGUGUGGUCUAAUGGCCACAGCAACAUGGUGGGCAACCAGAUGCUCGUCCUUGAAGCCUCUGUGCCCCGGCGCCCUGCUUUGUGGGCAAAGGGAGCAGCUGAGAGGAGCAGGGUCAGUCCAGCCUCAGACCGGGCACCCAGCUUCGCCAACACCUGGGGUGACCGCUGAUGUGGGUGUGGGAUAGAGCCCUGACCUUCCUGUGUCUCCUUCAGGGUCCUAGGUGUCGUUCUCGGCCGUGCAGGGUGAAACGACAAGAUAUUUAUUCUUUCUCCGUUUGUACAUCAAAUGUUAAUAAAAAUACAUUUUCUAAAAGCG